AUGUUCUUUGCUGGCGGUACUUUUGGUGUAGAGAGUGAGGCCCGCGACGCCCACAGACGCCCCACGGGCCGCCGUCACCAAGCACGCGACAUGGCCGAACUGCAAGCCAACAUCGAAGCGAGUCGCGGCGCACCGACGGUUCCAGCUGAGGGGGCUCGACACGCAACUGCGCAAAACAAGAUGGCCGCUGGACCGUCGUUUCUCGACCGCAUUCACGAGCAGAACUCGAUCGUCGUGGAGUCGCCCCAUCCGACGCGCCGCCGCGGAGCGGCACCGGCGGACCACCUCAACAUUUUCUCGUGGCACGACACGACCCCUGCACCUCGCGCGCCCAACCAGGGUCACCAGGUGACAGCAAGCGGAUCCCGCACAGCCCAACCCACGAACGUCACAGCAGCGGCACCGACUGCGGAGGACAGACGUGAGCAGGCGGCAAAGAAGUUUGAGAUGCACAGCGAUAGUGCAUUCUUGCGGUUCAUCAAUGCUCCGAAGACAGGGUCCGGUGCCGAGGCUGGCAAGCGCGGCGCGUACACUGGUGCUGUGUCGGGGCAACCUGUGGUGCCUCCACCCCCUGGCCGCGACAUGGGCAGUCGGAUGCACGAGCAGUCCCAUGGACGGCGCAGGGGGCGCGGAAAGGCGACCGCACACACUGACAACCAAUGCAGUGUGCCGGAGGAGUCAGGCAUAGCCGGCUUCCCCGGGAUGGGCCAGCGCAGCACCCCUCACGCUGUGCCGCAUCUCACCCGCAAGUCAGCUCAGGCCGAUGUCUUGCCCUCAUCUGUCUCGAAACUCGCGCAGCGCGAGGACACUGGCCGAGGCGAUGACGCCCGCGUACCACCAGCACAGGCGCCGGCGCCCAAGCCAAAAUGCAUUCCGCCCUAUCACAUCGAUGAGGACAGCUGCGAGGACCACCACUACAUGAACGCGUACGAGGCGAAGGCCAACGGCCGGCAGCCGUGCAGUGAAGAGAUGUGGAUGUGCGACGACAACGACUAUGACGGCUAUGAUGAAGCACACACAGGUGGCCCCACCGCGGGCGCGCUACACCAUGCUCAAGGUGGGCACAACCCGGAGUGGCUGCAUGAUGCUGCCGACAGAGGUAAGACAGGCGGACCUAUUGCUAUGUCACCUUCUGUGCAGCCCCGUCAGUACAACUUCGAUGCAGAGGAGCAGCAGUUCUACGAGGCGCGUGUACCCCCUCAAGCUGAACUCCCACACCACUGA